CUCUGUGGACAGGAGAGGAAAUCCAGUUUGGACCAAGAGGAACCAGAACCUCUGCAGAUAAAAGAAGAACAGCAAGAACCAGAACAUCCCUGGACAAAAGAGGAAACCAUGGAGCUCCCCAUAAGUCAGGAUGAAGAGCAACUUACAAUAGAUGCAGAAGAGAAACUUUUCCCAUGUUUGACAUGUGGACAAAACUUUCUUAAAAAGGAAAAUGUAAUGGUUCACAUGGGAACUCACACAGACCGCCUGCAGGAUUAUGUUGGAAAAGAGGAGGAUUUCUCUUACCAGCAGCUCUGUGGACAGGGGAGGAAUUCCAGUUUGGACCAAGAGGAACCAGGACCUCUGCAGAUGAAAGAAGAGCAGCAAGAACCAGAACAUCCCUGGACAAAAGAGGAAACCAUGGAGCUCCCUAUAAGUGAGCAGGAACAGCAGCUUUUUCUGAUGCGGGAGACUGAUGAUACAGGAGAGAAACCUUUCCAAUGUUUGACAUGUGGAGAAAACUUUCCAAAAGAAGAACAUUUAAUGGUUCACAUGAGAACUCACACAGGUCAGGAGAUUCAUGAAUGUCCGUUCUGUGGAAAAAUGUUCAUUAAGAAAUCUAGUCUUGAUAAACACAUCAGAAUUCACACAAGUGAGAAGCCUUUUUCCUGUAACAUUUGUAACAAGAAUUUUAUUGUAAAAAGUAGUUUCACAACUCACAUGAGAAUCCACACAGGUGAGAAUCCUUUUGAAUGUCUGUCCUGUGGAAAAAGCUUCACUCACAAAUCUUAUCUUAAGAGACACAUGAGAAUUCACACCGGUGAGAAGCCUUUUUCCUGUACUAUCUGUAGCAAGAAUUUUACUGUAAAAGAUAGUUUAACUUCUCACAUGAGAAUUCACACUGGUGAGAAGCCCUUUUCCUGUACUAUUUGUAACAAGAAUUUUAUGAGAAAAAGUCGUUUGACUCCUCACAUGAGAAUUCACACGGGUGAGAAUCCUUUUGAAUGUUCGUCCUGUGGAAAAAGCUUCACUCAGAAAUCUUAUCUUGAUAGACACGUCAGAACUCACACAGCUGAGAAGCCAUUUUCAUGUACCAUCUGUAGCAAGAAUUUUACUGUAAAAGAUAGUUUGACUUCUCACAUGAGAAUUCACACAGGUGAAAAGCCUUUUGACUGUCUGUCCUGUGGAAAAAGCUUCACUCAGAAAUUUUAUCUUGAUACACACAUCAGAACUCACACAGGUGAGAAGCCUUUUUCCUGUACGAUAUGUAAGAAGAAUUUUACUCAAAAGAUUAGUUUGAUUUCUCACAUGAGAAUUCACACAGGUGAGAAACCCUUUUCCUGUACCAUUUGUAACAACAAUUUUACUCAAAAACAUCAUUUGACCAGACACAUGAGAACUCACACAGGUGAGAAGCAGGUCUCCUGAUUGAUUUGUGACAAAUGUUUUAAAGGAGAAGGUAAUUUAAUUAUUCACAUAUAAAAAAAAAAAAAAACAUUUGUUCCACAUAAGUCACAGCAAUUAGACGCCAAAGAAAUGAAAAGUAGAGGUGUUUUCCAUGUUUGAUGAAAUGUAACCUCAUUACAUAAGAAACUCACAGGCUAAUGGUCUUUUUCGAGAAACGUUUUGAGAAAGCCAAUAAUUAACAGCUCUGUUUACAUAGAAACUAGGACAGAUAAGGUGUUCCAUUGUAAACCUGGUAAAUACUCAGGGCGUAUAUGUGGAUGGGAACAUUUGAAAUGUAAUUAUGUUUGGCCUUAGUAAAUUAGAUUUAAAUGCCCUAACAAC